GAAAAGGUGUCCCAUCUUCCCCCAUCUUACUAUACAUACUUUUUGAACUUAUAAAACUUUAGCGCAUCCGGUUUUUACUUUCUUUAAACGUUACAGUGAAAGGCUUGCCGUGAAUUCUGUAUUCACCUAAACUUCCUUAAAAAGGUAAAAUGUAAAACAUUCUUAACAACGAUUGUAUCUUUAGCUUUAUUUAAAUUGCUUACCAGUGUCUGCCUGAAACUUCACGUUUCGAACAGGCGCAUCUCCACCUCAAACACGCGACUCAAAACAAUAAAUAACGCCUUGACGUCUAUUUAUGAUCUGUUCGUGCAGGCUUCUUUACUGCGGUGUGAUAAACAACAGUUUUAGCUAAAUUAAGUAUAGAUAUGAAGGUUGCUCAAAAUUCAAAGCAGAAUAACUCGGAUAUUGAAGCAGUGAAUGAUCCAUGGGCAUUGGUCGAUGACGUAGGAGAUUACACAAAAUGGAAGGAUAUGGGCAACCGUCAAAAAGUAAAGGCACUCUUACUCACCACGAUCAAAAUAAUCGUAGUCCUAACUUGUUUGUAUUUGUUUAUAUGUUCGCUCAGUCUUUUGGGUUCAUCAUUUCAAGUGUUAGCUGGUAAAACAGCGGGUACGAUAUUCAGCAACCACAGUUUUCUUGCCAACCCUGUGACUGGGCUUAUCGUGGGUAUUCUAGUGACAGUUCUUGUGCAGAGUUCAUCCACCUCGACAUCCAUUAUAACCAGCAUGGUUGGCGCUAAUAUCUUAACUGUUCACGCUGCCAUCCCAAUAGUGAUGGGAGCAAAUAUUGGAACAUCCGUCACAAACACUAUUGUGUCUCUCGCCCAAUCAGUGGACGUCAACCAGUUUCGAAAAGCGUUCGCGGGAGCAACCGUGCAUGACAUCUUUAACCUGUUAGCGGUCAUCAUCCUUCUGCCGUUAGAGGUCGCCUCUGGGGUGCUAGAGAAGCUAACGAGGGCGAUCAUUGAAUCGAUCCCCGGUUUUAACAAGGGGCAUACCUCCCCCAAUAUCCUAAAGGUGAUCACGAAACCCUUGACCGAUAAGAUUAUCAAAGCGAAUAAAAAGAUCAUCACAAAAGUGGCGAAGGGAGAGACAUUGCCACUAGACGCAAGUAUAAUAAAGUCAGUUUGCGGCUCGCACAAAAUGGUCGUAGAGGAAGUACGCAACGUGACUGUAAUCAAUACAACCAAACUGAGGAACGUCAACAUAACCAGAGAUGUAAAGAUUCCAUGUCGAAGUCCGGGCGAUUUCUUGUUCGCCAACACCGGCAUGUCUGAUGGAGCUGUAGGAGCCAUCCUUCUUAUCGUUUCGUUGAUCAUUCUCUGUGUUUGCCUAAUUACAAUGGUCAAGCUCCUACAAUCGAUGAUGAAAGGAAAAGUUGCCAAGAUUAUUAAGAAAGUUAUUAACACUAACUUCCCCUAUCCGUUUGGUUGGCUUACAGGGUAUCUCGCGAUUUUAGUCGGCGCUGGUCUCACCUUUGUGGUACAAAGCAGCUCCGUAUUCACAUCAACCAUCACACCUCUUGUCGGAGUUGGAGUUAUUAGUUUGAAGAGGAUGUACCCCCUGACAUUGGGAGCCAACAUUGGUACCACGACAACCAGCAUAUUAGCAGCACUCGCUCAAGAUGAAAUCGCAAAUGCUUUACAGAUUGCAUUCUGUCAUUUCUUCUUUAACAUAUUCGGGAUAAUUAUCUGGUAUCCGAUCCCGUUCAUGCGGAACAUCCCGAUUAAAGGAGCUAAAGCACUGGGAAACACAACAGCCAAGUACAGAUGGUUUGCUGUCGUUUAUCUGAUCGUCGUCUUCUUCAUUAUUCCUGCUGUUAUUCUUGGUCUGUCCUUAGCUCACAUUUGGGCAAUGGGAGCAGUCAUGAUAUUGGUUGUUGUGAUCGUUCUUUUUAUAAUCGUGGUAAACGUGCUGCAAGUCAAGCGACCAAAGAUGUUACCACGUAAGCUACAGUCUUGGGAUUUCUUACCAGCACCAUUGCAUUCAUUGAAACCAUACGAUCGAAUAGUCAAGAGGGUUUUCUUCUGGUGUCCAUGUUGCAAGGCUCAGAAUACAAACAAGACAAGCAAUGAUGAAAAUCAAUCACAUCUCGCUCUCUCCCCAAUUGGUGCCGUAAAUCCUGUUUAUCAGUUAGAUGAUAUCCCUGCCUAGGUUUUACAAACCAGCAUAUAAUAGCCUACACCUGACUAAACGUUAUAGAUCAAUGUAACAAACGUAUGUUUAUAAUAUUAGUUAAGUUUGCAUCAAAAUGCAUAGAACUACUUUGUAUAAACCGUGUUUUAUUUCAUAUUGCGUUUCUAUUUUAAAAACCGGUGUGGUUUUGUUAGCGUAUUGACAACUUGCCCCUUGUGUUUUGCACUAAAUUUUAUAUGACGUACACUCGGACAGGAGGAAAAUGGUAAUAAAAUGUAUAUUGGUGAAACACA